AUGACAGCUUCUGAUCGUGUUGCUAUAGCUAUUGAUAGAGGGGGGACCUUCACCGAUGUGAUAUACAAAUACAAAGAUGUUGAGACAACCUUUAAAUUGUUAUCAGUUGAUCCUUCAAAUUACCAAGAUGCUAAUAUCGAGGGAAUUAGAAGGGUUUUGGAAAAAGUAAGCUGUAAGAAAAUACCUAGAGGCACCCAAUUGGAUACAUCGAUAGUUUCUUCUAUUAGACUUGGUACUACCGUUGCAACUAAUGCUCUAUUGGAGAGGAAAGGUGCAAGAUGUGCGUUGGUAACUACUAAAGGUUUUAAAGAUUUACUUCAUAUUGGUGAUCAGUCGAGGCCGGAUUUAUUUGCGCUUAAUAUAAUUAAACCAGAUAUUCUUUACGAAAGAGUUAUUGAGGUAGAUGAACGAAUUACUUUACCAGCAUUUACGGUUGAUCCAACUGGGUAUGAUUGCGAAGACCUUUUUGAUGGCAAGAAGUAUGUCAAGGGAAAAACAAAGGAGAUAUUCGAAAUUUUGGAGCCGUUGGAUGAAACUAAACUUAGAAAAGAUUUAGCAACUUUGAAAGAGGAUGGAAUUGAUUCUAUAGCAGUUGUUUUUAUCCAUGGGUAUAAUUUUCAAGAUCAUGAAAAAUCUGCUGGUAGAGUAGCGCAAGACUUAGGAUUUCGAAAUAUUUCUUUAUCUCAUGAGGUUCUUCCGGUCAUAAAAGCUGUAACCAGGGGCCAGUCUACUACUGUGGAUGCAUAUUUAACACCUAUCGUGAAAGAAUAUAUUGCCAAUUUCUUAAGUGGAUUGAAACCUAACUAUAAGGACCAUACGAGAAUCGAAUUCAUGCAAUCUGAUGGUGGAUUAUGUUCGUAUGAGAAGUUUUCAGGUCUUCGUUCAUUAUUAUCAGGUCCAGCAGGCGGCGUUGUUGGUCAAGCAAUGACUUGUUAUGAUGAAAAUAAUAAGAUCCCUGUGAUUGGCUUCGAUAUGGGUGGAACUUCUACUGACGUUUCACGUUAUGCUGGAGAUUAUGAGUUUUCGUUCGAAAAUAUAACCGCAGGCAUUAAAAUAGCGGCCCCCCAGAUCGAUGUAAAUACCGUUGCUGCUGGAGGUGGGUCUAUACUAUUUUAUAGGAACGGAACAUUCGUUGUAGGACCAGAGUCUGCCAGUGCUCACCCGGGUCCAGCCUGCUACAGAAAGGGUGGCCCUCUUACAAUAACUGAUGCAAAUCUUUUCACAGGUAGAUUAUUGCCGGAGUACUUCCCACAUAUAUUUGGCCCGAAUGAAGAUCAGCCUCUUGAUUUUGAAGUAACAAAGCAGAAAUUUGAAGAGCUAACCAAAAUUAUUAAUAAGGAAAAUCCGAAUUCCCCCAAAACACCCCAGGAAGUCGCUCUUGGUUUUCUUGAGGUUGCUAACUUUCAAAUGGCUAAACCUAUCAGAGAACUCACCGACUCUAAGGGCCACGAUGUAUCUGGUCAUUCAUUGGCGUCUUUCGGUGGUGCAGGUGGUCAGCAUGCUGCAUCCAUUGCCCAGCUAUUAAAAAUUAGCCGUGUUUUAAUACAUAAACACUCUUCUAUCUUAUCAGCGUACGGUAUUUUAGUUUCUGACCUAGUCAGCGAAAAGCAGCAACCUUGUUUUGAAAUAAUUUGUUCUCAAACGAUAAAUAUGUUGCUUGAAAAAUGUGACAAGUUGAAAAAAGAAGCUAUCGAAGAACUCCUCAAUCAAAAUGUGAUAACAAAUACAAUUAGGUUUAAGGUUUACUUCAAUAUGGGCUAUAAGGGUUCUGAUGCUCGUUUGAUGGUUCUUCAACCACGGGAAAAUAGGUUCUUAGAGACCUUUUAUGAAAUUCAUCAGCGUGAGUUUGGCUUCAACGAUGAUGCUCGAAGCGUCGUUGUAUCAGACAUUCGUGUCAGAGUGACUGGAAAUAUUGCUAGUACUUGUAAAGAAAUUUCCCCUUAUGAUGAACUCAAAUCUACAAAGGUUAGGUUGGCCUCUAAGGAUAAUGCAGAAAAGUCUGCCAUGAUGUAUUUUGAAGAAGGUUGCCUCGAGUCGAAAGUGUAUUUUUUAGAAAACCUACCUAUUGGUUCGGCUGUGAAUGGUCCCGCACUAAUAUUAGACUCAACCCAGACAAUACUUGUAACCCCUCAAUGUCAAGCCAUCAUUUUGUCCAGACACAUAGUAAUGGAUUUGAAGUCCAUUAAAAGUGAAAAAAUAAGUUCUAAAGUGAUAGAUCCAAUUAAAUUAGCUAUCUUCGCUAACAGGUUUAUGUCUAUAGCUGAUGGAAUGUCAAGAACGUUGCAAAAGAUUUCCGUAAGUGCUAAUGUCAAAGAAAGAUUAGAUUACUCGUGUGCCCUAUUUGACAACGAAGGUAAUUUGACUGCAAAUGCUCCAAACGUACCAGUUCAUUUAGGAUCCAUGUCAUCUGCCAUAAAGUAUCAAUUGGAAUAUUGGAAAGAUGAUUUACAGGAUGGUGACAUACUCUGUACUAACUCUCCAAGUGUUGGUGGAACUCACUUACCAGAUUUAACAAUUAUCUCACCUGUCUUUUAUGAUUCAAAGCUUCAGUUUGUUGUUGCAUCAAGGGCUCAUCACUCAGAAAUUGGUGGAUCAGCUCCUGGAUCUUCCUCCUCUUACGCAAGAGAUAUUUUUGAUGAGGGUGUCAACAUUAAGACUUGGAAGAUCGUUCAGAAUGGCAGAUUUGAUGACGAUGGUUUGUUGAAGCAUUUUGUUGAAGAGCCUAGAUCGCACGGUGUAUCUGGUACAAGAAAUAUAGAUGAUAAUAUUUCUGAUUUAAAAGCCCAAAUUGCAGCGAACCAAAGAGGAAUAAACUUAUUAUUGGAACUUUUCAAAGAAUAUGGGACUGAAGUAGUAUUAUUUUACAUGAAAAGUGUUAAAAAGACUGCCGAACUAGCUGUCAGAAGUUUCUUCAAAGAGUUUUAUCAAAAAAAUAGAGAUCGGAUCCCUUUAAAAGCGGAAGACUAUUUAGAUGAUGGCUCAAGGAUUUGCGUUUCUAUUGAUGUGGAUGGCAACGAUGGUUCAGCUUCGUUCGACUUUACCGGAACGUCUUUAGAAUCAUUUUCAAAUCUCAAUGCACCAAAGUCGAUAUCGUAUUCGGCAGUGAUAUAUGUAGUGAGAUGCUUGAUAGAUCUAGAUAUACCGCUUAAUCAAGGGUGUUUGGAUCCUUGUACACUCUAUGUCCCUCAAAAUUCGCUAAUUAAUCCAAGUGAGUUUGCAGCCGUUUGUGCUGGAAAUGGAAUGACAUCUCAAAGGAUUACUGAUGUUUUAUUCAAAGCUUUUGGUUUUACAUCUGCGACUGGUGGUUGUAUGAAUGGUAUCAAUUUCGGCACUGGGGGUGAGAACGAAAAUGGGGAACUAAUAACAGGUUUUGGUUACACUGAAACCAUUGGUCAAGGGAAUUGUGCCGGCAUCAUUGAAAAGGAUGGCAAGAGAGUAGGGUUCCAUGGGUUUUCUGGUACGCAAACGAAUAUGACAAAUACUAGAAUCACUGAUCCCGAAGUAUUAGAACAGAGAUACCCGUGUCUUUUACGUCUAUUUUGUAUUAGACAAGAUAGCGGUGGGAAGGGGAAGUGGAACGGAGGAAAUGGGCUCGUCCGAGAAAUUCAAUUCAAUUCACAAGUCCACGUAUCUUUAGUGACACAGCGCCGAGUUUAUUCACCAUGGGGAAUGUACGGAGGUGAGCCUGGUAAGAAAGGAGAAAAUUACCUUGGGAGAAAUCGGUCCAAUGGAAAAAUUCAAUGGAUCCACCUACCUUCGCUUGCUGAAAUAGAAAUUAAAGAAGGUGAUAUUUUACGCAUAUUGACACCAGGUGGUGGGGGCUUUGGAAAGCCAACUGAUUCUGAGGAAUACUGGCGAAUUGGUGACUGUUCAGCGAACUUGUAUGAACAUGUUCCUCUUUCACUAGGAACUAUUGGAUCUUUCAAAGAAAGUUCAAAUACUUCUCAAUAA